UUCCGGGCGCGGGUCGAGUCGCGUCGGUAUCGUCCCGGUGUCGGCCCGCCCGGGUCUCUCCGUGUUCCCGGGAAGUCACUCUGCGCCAGCAGGAAUGGAUUUCCUCUCCGGAGGAUUGGGACAGGACGCCGAAAUCCCCCCCGCGCGGCCUGUGCCGGGCGCGGGGCCCGGCGCCGUGGAUCGUUUCCUGAGCCUGCAGCUCUCCAUCUCCUCGGGCCUGUCGGUCACGGAGCUCGACGCCAUGAAGUUCCUCUGCCGCGACAAAAUUAAGAAGGGAAAGCUUGAGGCGGUGCAAAUGGGCCUGGAGCUCUUCAGCAUCCUGAUGGAGCGGCAGCUAAUCGCGCACAACAAGCUGGGAUUCCUGAAGGAGCUGCUGCAGCACAUCGGUAGGGGCGAUUUGCUGUCACUAGUGGUGCAGUUCGAACAGAGAGAACUUCAUGUCCAGGAUGAUCAGCCAGAUGAGCAUGAAAAACUUCUCCUGAAGGCAGCUUUUGAUGUCAUUUGUGCCAGUGUUGGGAGAGAAUGGAAGAAGCUGAUGCGAGAACUUGGGCUGCCAGAGGUGAAGCUGGACAAGGUGGAGGCAGCCUAUCGAUUUGAUUUGGAGGAAGAGGUUUUUCAGGCACUUCGGGAGUGGCAGAAGUGGAAGGGGAAGGAUGCAAAGGUAGCUGACUUAAUAAAAGGCCUCCGGGGCUGCAACCUGAAUUUGGUGGCAGACAAAGUUGAAGAGAAGAUCGCACAGGUGACCACUGGAACCAAAUGAAAACAGUGCAAAACUAUGAAUAAAAAAAGUCAGAGUGCCUUCUUCUCUUCUGGACCAAAAUAACUAUCACUGGCUGCUUAUCAUGCCAUUUAUUUAUGUGCCUUAAUAAGUUAAUUUGUGCUCAGGUGAAAAUUGACAUGGAAACAGAUUCCUUUCAGAGAGCACUUUGUAGUUUGAUGCUUAUUUCAAGAUACUUUACUUUCACAAGAUCUGAACUCCAUUUUGUAGAAAUUCUCACACUUUUGUUCUGCCACUCACCUGAAAAGAUUUGCUUUGCUGCAGGCACCUUUCAGAUGCAUCUCCACUGGAAAUACAUCCAUGGGAUACUUCUGAGGCUACUGAAAUUUAAAAUUUCAUGGGGUCGUUGGAUUUUUUUUUUCUUUUAUGGCCUGUUAUAAAUACACUGUGACAGGGAGAAGGAGUAAAUCUUUCAGCUGGGCGCUGGCUUUUCUUUUGGAGUAGCAAAAAAUAAUAUCUUAGGUAAUUUGUCAAAUAUAUUUGCUCUCCAUGAAAGUAUAUUAAGACAACUGUAACCUCAGACUGCAAUGCAAGAGGGACAUUAAAUAUUGUGGUGGCUUUCUUGGAAAAAAAUGUGCCCAGGUUUGAAAUUGAAAUCAAAUGUCUGCAUCAAGUGCCUUUAGCGUCCUGAAGGAAGUGUUCUCCUGAAACUAUCCAAGAAACUGUGUCACACAGAUGUUUACAGCAGCCUCUUUCCAAAGCUGUGAAUACUUUAGGGCUCUUUGCUGGGCAUCCUUCUGUGGCCUCUGUCACAGAGGCUGCUGGUGUGUGCUGGAAGGUGUGAGCCACUCCCAGAGGGAGCAGGAUUCAUGAACCUCUAUCAGAUGCAGUUCUCAGCUUUCAUCUGGAACAACCUUCAGUCAGUGGCCUUCAUGCCUGACCUACGGCUGGAGAAAUUGCACAGUCCAGGACAUACAGGGCUGUAGAGGCCUUGGGGGAGAAUCCCAUGAAGUCACUACUGCUUGAACAGCUGCAGGAUCCUGUGUUUCUGCAAACAUCUCCCAAGUGCCUAGCUAGAUUCUGGAAGAGGUUUUAUUGCUGCUGCACCUGUGGGACUUCAACUCUUUCCAAGUUGUUUUUAUGUGGUGCCAUUGCUGUGAAGGCCGGGUGUCAGCACAUAACCUGUCACUGCUCUGCAGAAACGUUGUGACACUGACAAUUUUCAGGUUUUCAUUGCACGUGGUGCCUCUUGCUCAAACAGUGAGGCUUGAAUACUUAAUUGUAGUUAGUGGAAACUGCCCUAAGUUCACAUGAUAGAAAAAUCAUUGCAGAGGUUUUUCCCCUUCAGUGAUUCUUUUUCACAUUCCUAGAAAUGCUCAAGGCCAGGCUGGAUGGGACGUGGAGCAACCUGGUCUAGUGGAAGGAGUCGUUGGUUGGAACUGGAAGGUCUUUUAGGUCCCUCCCUGCCCAAACCAUUCCAGGCCUGUGUGCUGAUUCUCAGUGUCUUUCCAAUUUGGUAUAUUAAGUAUCACUGGUUGUAUCCAAGCAAAGGAGUUGCCACCUUUCCUCCUUUCGGACAGGCAGAGUUCUCCAAGUUCUUAUUCCCCUUUACUUGUAUCAAUUAUCAAUUCUAGGCUCCCAGUAGGAGAUGCUGAGCUUCAGCUGAAUGACAAGCUCAGCUGUUUUGGAGAUUUUUGUUUCAUAGACAUCAGGAGUACUCAUUCUGCAGUAUCUGAAGAAAAGGAUUGCUCCAGCAGCUUUUCCUUCCUGCCUCUGAGCAAUCCCUGGGAGCACAGCAGAGGAGUGGAAGUGAGCAGGAUGAGUUAUGUGAGUGCUCAAACAGCUCUGCAACAGCUCCAAGUCCAGUCUCUGCUGAAGUGCUUUUCUUAUCCACUUUUAAUAAGUCUUCUGCUUCACCAAGGAGAUUUAUGUGGAAUAGGAGGAGGCUACUGCCUACUGCAUACAGCCAGGAUAUUUUAGGAAUCAGUUGGAAAAACCUGUUGGUUGUAGCCAAGCACUCAUCAGCUACAAGAAAUAUUCUGCUUCAGGAGGAAAAACCUCUUGUUUCUCUAAGGAUUUUGUACAUCCUUUAACUGUGUCUGAAAGCAAUGACCUAGACUGCAUCAAUCUGUGCCAUACCUCAGGGCCAAUUAAGACUGUUUUAUGAGAGAUUAGAAUGUUGUUUAUGUGAAAACAAAACCAGCUGAAAUGAAGGGGACAAAAUCUUUUUAUUGGGAGGAGGGAUAAAGGGUGCAAUUUGUAAGGGAAUGUUUUCUGAUCCAGUUGACAAUCUUUUCAAAUUAAAACACCUUGAGCUCCUAUACAUAUUUUUAUAACUUGAAUUAAAAUUUUAUAUUGUAUAAUUUUCUGUACAUUUUAUUAAAAAUAAUUAUUUAAAAAA